GUAAACAACAAUAUUUAUUGGGCAUAUUUAUUUCUCGCAUGAAAUUAUCGAUAAGGAAAGCAAAACGGUGGGCAAAUUUCUGGCACUAAAUACUACUCAAGUUACGUGCAGGAUUGUACGAUAAAAGCACAUCAUAGUUCGUGAACGGAAAGGCGCAUCAAUAUUCAGCAGCAAGUAUAUUUUUUUAACCAAAAACAAGAAAUAGAUUGGAGGACUGACUGUCUGCUAAAGAAGCUUGGAAAAACUUCAUUUUCCUCAAAGAAUUCUUUGCUAAUAACAAGAUGCUGCGAAUUCGUGCUGCCCAUUUGCAGCAGCUGCGCUUUAACAAUCGCUUGAAUGAGUCCAUGCCGGACUCCUCUUUGCCCGAAUCGCCCAAGGACCUGGGCACUCGUGGGCCCGUUGUCGAGACCUAUGUGGGCAAGCAGACCAACCAAGAUGAGGCCGUGCUGCCGAUGCCACCGCACAAGAUACCCCUGGACAUAAAGGGCGACUUGACCAAGGCUGUGCAGGCGAAGAAGAUAACCCUCGAAGAGGUCGUACAGAAGAGCAAGCUGAAUCUUCUUGAAGAAUUGCAGAAGCAAAAGGAAGCCCUGGCAUUGCAGAAGGCCAAUUGGGAGGAAGCCUUGAAGAAGGGAAAGGAAACCUUCGAAGAGGCAAAGAACAAACAGUUGUCGCACCUGGACAAUGCCAUUCAGAAAAUCAAAUCCGGUGAGGCCUUGCCCAAAAUAAAUCUUGAGGGGAUUCGCAAGCUGAAGAUCCAGGAUGCCUGGAAGAAGGCCGUGGCUCAAUUGAAGAGUCGUUUCUAAUGUGUGUUGUGUCCGAGCCACACACACACACACACACA